AUGUGGGGUCCGCUGGUCCCAUGGCUGCUGCUGCUGCUGCUCCCCUCGGCCUUGGUGCCCCCAACUUGUGCAGCCCCGAUCCACGAUUCUGACUCGCAGGAGAGCCCCUCGGGAUUUCUAGGCCUCCAGAGCCUCCUCCAAAGCUUCAGCCGACUUUUCCUGAAAGAUGACCUACUACGGGGUCUGGACAGCUUCUUCUCUGCCCCUAUGGACUUUCGGGGUCUUCCCAGGAACUUCCACCAAGAGGAGAACCAGGAGCGCCGGCUGGGGAACAAUACUCUCUCUAGCCACCUCCAGAUCGACAAGAUGACUGACAACAAAACCGGAGAGGUGCUCAUCUCUGAGAAGGUGGUGGCUUCCAUUGAGCCAGAGGGAAGUGUGGAAGGUGACUGGAAGGUGCCCAAGAUAGAAGAGAAAGAAGCCCUGGUGCCCCUCCGGAAGGCCAUGGACAGCUUCCGCCCAGAGCCCCAUCCUCGGGUUGCCUUCUGGAUCAUGAAGCUGCCGCGCCGCAAGUCCCGCCAGGAUGGCCAAGAGGCUGGCCAGUGGCUCAGUGAGAAGCGGCAUCGGCUGCAGGCCAUCCGGGAUGGGCUCCGCGAGGGGACCCGCGAGGAUAUCCUGGAAGAUGGAAUCCAGGGUUCUUCUCACUCUAAGCCUCCAGCGCGCAAGACCCACUUUCUGUACAUCCUCAGACCCUCCCAGCAGUUAUAGGUGGAGGGAGGGGAACCCCCAGUCCCUGCA